UUCUGUUUGUUUGAGGCCCUUACAGUUCACAAAGGUACUAACUAGUAUGGACAAUCAGAGAAUUCCACCUCUUAGCUGGGGUUAUUACUACCAAGGAAAGAACAUGGACGAGCUGAGGCAUUCCCUCUUGUACACAACUCUGGAGCUAGAAACAACGAAGCUAGCAGCUCAAGAGGAGAUAAGGAAGAGAGAAGAACAAAUGAACCGUCUUCAAGAUCUCUUAAACAGAGCCAUCAGGGAGAGAGAUGAAGCACAAGACAAAUGCCAAAGACUACUCGUGGAGAAGCUCUUACUCCUUCAGCAACAGCAUCAACAUCUCCAACAACCCCAACAAAAUACCCCUCUUUCUGGGAUCUCAAGCAUUGAAGAUGAAGCCAGAAGAGGUGGUGAUUCCAACACUGGCAUAUCUUCCUCGGAUUGUGAAGAAAGCAUCGUUUCAUCUCCUGUGAUGGACCCAAUUCCACCACCACCAUUACAACCACCCUCAUCAGCAACAACAACAACAACAACAACACCAACAUCAGGAAUGGCAACAGUACAAUUACCAUCAGAGAAGCCAUUACCAGAAAAGGGUAAGCUUUUGCAGGCAGUGAUGAAAGCUGGGCCAUUACUUCAGACCCUUUUACUGGCAGGUCCUCUCCCUCAGUGGCGACACCCACCUCCCCAACUUGACUCCUUUGAAAUUCCACCAGUUGCCAUUACCUCACCACCAACACCUCACCUCCUGCAUCAAGACUCUGUGAUCGGCAUCAAUGGCGACAUCAACAACACCGGUGGUGGAAUUGCUAAAAGGAAAAGAGGUUUAAUGGUUUGUGAAGGUUCUGAUUCUUCCACAAAGUAUCAAAGAGUUGUUCUCCGAUGACUCCUCCAUCAAUAGUUCCUUACAUUAUUUAGUAUCUCAAUUUCUACUAAUAUCAGACAGACCUUUAACAAGAAUAUGAAAUUGUGUCGUGGACUCUUUAGUUAUGCUUUUUAGCUUUUACUAAAGCAUUUGUAUAGUGUUUCCAGUUUCGUCUUGGGAUGAGAAGGAUGGAUUUUAUCUUCCUUUUCCUACCUAACAAAUUUCAGACUUCAAGACUUCAGAUUUCA